CCAGCGCCCGCAUCGAGACGACUCCGACGAGCAAUUGAAAUUGCUUAUAAGCAGUAAUAAGUUACUAUGUUCUUUCAGACGAGUGAGCAAUAUCCAUCUUCUGACAUAUUUACAUUAUGAAUGGCCAUACGGAACCGAGCAAGCGCCAAUGCUUCGAUGUGCCUGCCAAAAUGAAGGCACUACAAUAUUCAGGACCUGAGAAGUUUGCAGUUGAGACCAUCGACGUUCCAACAAUUGGUGACGAUGAUGUUCUUGUCAAGAUUUCAGCCUGCGGUGUAUGCGGAACAGAUUUGCAUUACCAUAAAGGCGAGUUUCUAGCCAAGUACCCUCUGAUACCAGGCCACGAAGCAGCAGGCACCGUCGCCGCUAUCGGCAAGAAUGUCAGGAACGUCGCGGUCGGUGACCGUGUAGCAGCCGAUGCCUUACAGCCAUGCCUCAACUGCUUCUAUUGCAUUCGCAGGAAGACCCAACUCUGCGAAAACGUCAUCGGUUAUGGCGGUAAUGUACCCGGCGGCAUGGCAGAGUACUGUAGGUACCCAGCCCGGAUGGUAUUCCCUAUCGGAGACCUUCCGGAUCUGGAAGCUGUCUUGAUCGAACCCGCCGCAUGCGCAGCGCAUGGUAUUGAGAGAAUGCAGAUGGAAGUCGGAAGCAGGGUCUUACUUUUCGGAUGCGGGCCAACUGGUAUACUGUUAGCUCAAUUGAUCAAGAUGAAUGGCGCUGCUCAUUUGACCAUCGCCUCAAAAGGCGGCCCGAAACUCGAUCUUGCACGCGAACUCAACAUUGCUGACUCCUACAUUACCAUAUCCGACGGCAAUCCCGGGGAUGAUAUGGCUGCUCUCUCGGCCGACAACCUCUACGGGUUCGAUAUCGUUGUGGAAGCAACUGGCGCACCCACAGUUCUCGAAAAGGCCAUCGAGUACGUACGGAAAGGUGGAAAGCUAGUCGUGUAUGGCGUAUAUGACGAGAACGUGAAGAUUGCUUGGUCGCCCUUCCGAAUCUGGGAGAAUGAGAUUACGAUAUUGGCUAGCUUCUGCAGCAUGGGUCACAUACCGCACGUAUUGGAGUAUGUAAAUGCUGGGAGAUUGAAGUUGGGCGGCAUUGCGAACAAGACGUAUAGAAUUGAGCAGUGGGAAGAGUGUCUGGAUGCGGUGAGGAAGCAGGAGGUUGUUAAAGCUGCUAUUGUGUUCACUUGAUACGAAUCGUGAUAGUAAGCAAUUGGAUAAAGACCUCAAAGCAUUGCAUGCAACAUUUCUUCAGAUGGUAUGGAGGAGAGUUGUUUAUAGAUGAUCGUAACGCUACUUAGAUUACGA